AUGCAGGUUUGGAUAGACUAUGAUGGAGUGGAGAAUCUACUCAAUGUAACACUAACUCCUAUUAGAAGCCCAAGACCAUAUCAAUCUCUCCUGUCAACACACAUAAAUCUUUUUACAAUUUUCUUGAAUUCUAUGUAUGUUGGUUUCUCUUCCACUACUGGAGCAGUUCCAGUUGGGACGAUUUACCUUGUGAGGAGGAAAAAAUAUGAAGAAUUAUUUGAAGAUUGGGAAUGGGAGUAUGGCCCUCAAAGAUUUUCCUAUAAGGACCUCUACAAAGCUACCAAAGGUUUCAAAGACCAAGAGUUUCGUGGAGCAGGAGAUUUUGGAAAUGUUUAUAGAGGAGUGCUUCCCUCUUCCAAGGAACAAGUCGCGAUAAAAAAAAUCUCUCAUGAUUCAAAACAAGGGGUGAAGGAGUUUGUGGCCGAAAUAUCUAGCAAUGGAAGACUAAGACAUAAGAACUUGGUCCAGCUCCUUGGUUAUUGCAAGCGAAGGGGAGAGCUUCUCUUGGUCUAUGAUUAUAUGCCCAAUGGAAGCCUUGACAAGUUCAUAUUUAGCAAUGAAAAAUCAACCCUCAAUUGGACCCAGCGUUUUCAAAUCCUUAGAGGAAUAGCAUCGGCCCUUCAGUAUUUGCAUGAAGAAUGUGAGCAAGUUGUUCUUCAUAGAGAUGUGAAGGCUACUAAUGUUUUACUAGAUGCUGAUCUAAAUGGAUGGCUAGGAGAUUUUGGGCUUGCUAGAUUGUAUGAUCGUGGAGCAAACCUAGAAACUACCCAUGUGGUGGGCACUUUUGGCUAUCUUGCACCUGAGCUUUCUAGAACAGGCAAGGCAACUACAAGCACUGAUGUGUUUGCUUUUGGUGCAUUCAUGCUUGAAGUGGCGUGUGGAAGGAGGCCUAUAGAGCCACAAGGGUUGCCUGAAGAUAUGGUUUUGGUUGAUUGGGUUUUUGAGAACUGGAAACGAGGAACUAUUCUUUCCACGUGUGAUCUUAGAUUGGAAGGUGAAUUUUCGGAAGAUGAAAUGAAGUUGAUUUUGAAUCUAGGUCUACUUUGCUCACACUCCUAUGCAGCGGCAAGGCCUAGCAUGAAGCAAGUGAUGCGAUACUUGGAUGGGGAUGCCUUGUUGCCAGAGAUACAUCUUGAUACUAUAGGUAUUGGUACACUUAGUGUGGGUAAUGAAACAUCUGCUGAAUUUGUCAUGUCAUUUCCUUUGUCCGCUGAAGUUUUUGUUAGAAAUAAUGAUGAGGCUGCAACGUCGCUGCUUUGUAAUGGAGAGUUGAUGUAG